AAAAAUUCAACAUCACCUUCUUUCACUCUCAUUCUUUGCUCUCUCUCUAUCUCUCUCUCUCUCUCUCUCUCUCCCUCUGUCACUACUCGCUCACUUCACUCACUCUCUCUCUCUCUCUGCUGGAGCCUCCAUUUCUUGCAGAGAGGCGCUCAAAAAAAAUAAUGGCACCACCACCACUAUCGCCACCUCUAAACCGAUUUUUCAAUUCCCAUUUUACCCCUGUCAUACUCACUUAUUUACUCCUCCUAUCCUCUACCUCUGCCAUUAACAUCUCCACUCUUCUCUCUUCUUACCCUGACUUCUCUUCCUUCGCUUCUCUUCUCUCCUCCAAUCCUUACUUAUCUGAUGACCUCACUCACCGCUCUUCUCUUACUCUUUUGGCUGUCCCCAACUCUUAUCUCUCCGCCUCCGUCGAUUUCACGCGCCACCUUUCUUCCUUCUCUCUCGCCGACCUCCUCCGCUACCAUGUUCUUUUACAGUACUUCUCUUGGUCCGACCUCCACCAGAUCUCUCCCUCCGGGGUACUUGUCACCACUCUUUUUCAAACUACCGGCCGGGCAUCUUCUAACUCCGGGACCGUUAACAUUACCCGGAAUCCAACCACCAACACCGUUACUAUAAACUCUUUAUCACCUUACUCUAACUCAAACGCCACCGUGUUGUCUCUUGUUAAAACGUUCCCUUACAAUAUUACUAUUCUUUCUGUUAGCUCCCUUUUAGUCCCCGACGGGUUUAAUUUGAUGGCGUCGGAGACUCGGCCGCCGUUAGGGUUAAAUAUAACGAAAGCAUUGAUCGAUGGGCAUAACUUUAAUGUGGCUGCCUCGAUGCUACAGGCGUCUGGUGUGGUUGAUGAAUUCGAAGCCGAUGAAAGAGGCGCCGGAAUUACUCUUUUUGUCCCUAUCGACGUCGCUUUUGCAGAUCUACCGGCCACCGUCAGUUUUCAGUCGUUGCCAGCUGAAAAAAAAGCUGUAGUGUUGAAAUUUCAUGUUUUGCACUCUUAUUACCCACUAGGUUCUCUCGAGUCGAUUGUUAACCCAGUUCAGCCCACAUUGGCGACGGAGGCGACCGGCGCUGGAAGUUAUACUCUUAAUAUCUCAAGAGUUAAUGGUUCUGUGGCAAUUGAUACAGGGAUUGUUCAAGCAUCAGUGACGCAGACGGUUUUUGAUCAGAAUCCAGUGGCGAUAUUUGGGGUAUCGAAAGUUUUAUUGCCGAGAGAGAUUUUUGGCAAGAAUCCGUCGAUAACGACAAGUAAGCCGGGUAAUGCCGUGAUGGGUACAGCUCCGCCGCCGGAUAUCUCUCUCUCACCGGAAAGUUCACUAGGAUCCGAUGGGCAACAACCGUCUCAUGUUUCAUCGCCACCGGAUUUUAGAGAAGACAUUAAAUCCGGAGCUAGAACUGAAUCCGCCAUUAAUGGAUUGCGGAGCUUGAUUCUUGCUCUGGUUUGUACAGGAUUGUUUGUAGUGGUAUGAGCUUUUUUUUUUCAUAAUUAAUUAUUUUUCUUUCCUUUUUCUUUUUUUUUUUCCUCAUUUGUACACGGUGAUUGAAUUUGGCUAAAAAAGCAGCCAUUGUUUUUUUGGAUUUUGUAUUUUUAAUUUUUGUCUAAUUAUUAAUUUAUUGUGUUAAUGUUUCAAUAAUCUAUAUAGAAAAAGAGCAAAUAUUUUUUUUC